UGUUCCUAUGCUAUGAUCCCCUUUUCCUCUGCAAGCCAGCGGGGGAAAAUGGAAAACGCGGUUUCCAGAAUGUGCAGAUCGGGAAAACGGUGCGGGUUUCCACAAAAGGGAUCUUGAAUCCUCCAUUCCUGAAGUCCAGAAGAGAGAAUCUCACGAUCUCCAUCGAUCCCAAAUCCAAAGCUAGAGCACCAAACCCAACCCCCCCCCCCCCCAACUGUUGCCGUUGCUCCGUUGCUAUCAAUUUCUAUCCGGGUGGAGGUCGAACCCAACUGAAAAUCUCCCCUCACCCACCGUUUGUUUCAAGGACAAGGACGUCGGAACAGGAGCAGGAGAGCAAACGAGGUUGGAGAUGAUGUCGUGGUGACAUCUGAUUCGGCGCUGUUGGGUCGGUCUAUGAUGUUGGGGGCCGUCCAGCUGGGGGUGUUGGCCGCAUGCAUAGUGCUGUUCGUGCCGAUGGGGAUGGCGGGCUGGCACCUCAGCCGUAACAAGAUGCUGUUUUUCAGUGGCGCCCUCUUCAUCUCCCUCGCCGUCGGCGUCCACUUGUCCCCUUACUUCCCCUCCAUCUCCGACUUCAUGUCCUCCCCCGCCUCCUCCACCUCCUCGUCCUCGUCCUCCUCCGCUGCUGUUGAUUCGGGUAAUAAUCGCGACUCCUGCCUCUCGCUCUUGCAUGAGAUCGUCUUCGAUGUCGACCCCGUUAGCAGUGUCAAUGGUUCCGUGUACUACCUCAAGUCGUGGGGCUGGCCCCAGACUGGACCCGUCUCGGAGUGCGAGUUCCAGAAGCUUGGCCGCCCUGACACAUCUGAUCUGCUAAACGGGUCAUGGGUGGUUGUGGCCGGGGACUCCCAGGCCCGCCUUGUGGCUCUCGCGCUGCUGAGUUUGGUUUUGGAUUCCGAGCGGAUGGACUCGGUCCGGGGCGAUCUGUUCAAGAGGCACAGCAAUUAUCAGAUUGUGGUGUCUGAUAUCGGGAUGAAGUUGGAUUUCGUUUGGGCUCCAUUCGCCUCAAAUUUGACGGACUUAAUGGUUGAACUUAAGCAGAAUUCGAGCUACCCGGAUGUGCUGGUGAUGGGUUCGGGGCUGUGGCAUAUGCUUCAUGUCCACAAUGCUUCGGAUUACGGGGUUUCUUUAGAGCUCUUGAAGGGUUCGGUUACAUCCUUAUUGCCACUUUCUCCUGAGUUGGGGGAUGAUGGACCUGUGACUGGAUCUGUGUCCUUUAGGCCGCCGCCCUUUUUCUGGCUUGGAAUGCCGAUGCUUAUAAACUCGAUGCUCAACACCAAAGAGAAGAGGGAGAGGAUGGACGAUGCAGCAUUCAAUGCCUACGAGAUCGAGCUUCAUCAAAGCAAGAUUUUGCGGCAGUUCGGCGGCCCUCUCUUGUUGCUGGACAUCCAUUCCUUAACUAGGAAUUGUGGGAAAAGGUGCACGGAGGAUGGGAUGCAUUACGAUGCAGCAGUUUAUAAUGCUGCGAUUCACAUCAUGCUCAAUGCCCUUCUUAUAGAAUCUCAUCAAAAGCUGUGAACGAAUGAAAAGGGAGAUAGAUUUCGGGUAUUCUUUGGUGAAUCUGCUGAGCUUAGCUUUCACAUGGAGGACGCUAAGGAAGUUCCUCCAGCACGCCGAGCGAAAGGGCAGAUUCUCCCACGUAUUGCCUUUCGGUUUUCUCUUCACUGCUUUAUAGGUUCUUUCUGAGCCUGGACUAGUUGUGGAAGUUAAAAUUUUGCGAUAGGAAAUACGGGUUGAAGUUCCCAUCAUUUUUGGGCCUUGCUUCGGUUCUUUAAUGUACCAAUAUCUGACACUGAUUGCUAUUGUAUUCCAUAGUCAGGCAAAUUGGUUGCUCACCACAUCCAAGUUUUACGGUGAACUAAUUUGAAAGUCAUGUACAUUAUAGUUGAUCAUUUUUCAUCUCAAAGUUAUAGAAGAUAUGAAUACUUGUUUGUUCACAA